AUGAAAUUCUUCAUUCUCUUCGCUAUCUUAGCUACAUCUUUGGCGGAUAUUCCCUGCCCCCUCGGAUAUUUCGAUGGCACUGACGGCUCUUGCUAUGGGAUCAAGUACGAAAAAGUCAAUCGCUUGGACGCCAAGAGAAGGUGUGCUGCGGAUAACGCUGUUUUAGCUCCCAUAACUGAUGGCUUCAUCAAUUCUAAAAUUGGAACCUUACUCACUGGCAAUCCUCAGAUGUGGAUUGGAAACUAUUGCUUGAACAACACUCUCUGCUACACUGAUGAUGGAGUCAAGACUUCAUUCAACAACAAAUAUUCUAACGAUAAUAAUUUGUUCCCAUUGAUGAUUGCUAGCCAAUACUACUGGCAAUCAACAUCAAACCCAUUGAUUAUCGCUGAUGGAUAUAUUUGUAAAAUCACUCCUGACAACAGUAGAUGCCCAGUGAACUUCUACCAAUCUGGCAACACAUGUUUCUCUGUUGUUUCUAACCCAAUCACUUGGCCACAAUCUGCUCAGUUCUGUACCUUCAUGAGUUCUCAAUUAGCCAAAAUUGACUCUGAUAUCGAUAACCGUUUCGCUGUUGGACUUCUCCGGUCUAAAGGAUUCAAGGACGGAUUUGCUUCUAUUGGAUUGACUGUCGACUCUAACAAUGUUGCUACUUGGUCUAACAACACUGCUCCUACAUAUACCAACUUGGCUACUGAUACUCCAUAUCUCGGACAAUGCACUGCCCUCAACAUCAACUCUAGUUUGUCUGCUGUAGGACAAUGGACCACAAACCCAUGUGAUCAUACCAACCAGGCUACUCUUUGCACUACAGCUGCCACCAGCGUUCCAGUACCACUUAAAGCUUUCAACGGACAACUUCCUGAUGCUUGCACUCAAAUUUAUUAUGCUAAAUUCCAAAAGACCCUUGAGAUUACCUCUCCUCUCUACAGCAACUCUCUGAAUUUGACAACUUAUCCAUCAAACACUUGUACCACUGUUGUUCAAUUCGAUACCAACAAGGGUUUCUCUGUUCAAUUCUCCCAACUCAGUCUUCCAGCCAACGGCUCUUACGUUGAGUUGUCAGGAAGUCUUGUAGAUACAUCAGUUGACAAGAUCAGAUUGAGUGGUAGUACCAUUACUGGUGGAGCUUCUCCAAACAAGGUUUACAACUUCACGACCAACACCCUUGUUCUCAACUUCUACUCUCCAAUGGGUUCAUACUCAUUCAAAGCUAAAUCUAGUUGGUUCCUCAUGCUCAUCCUAAUAAGGUGUUUGAUAUUCUUUUUCCUUGUGUCAGCAGCUCAAACAAUUCCCAGAAGGAAUGCUGCCUAUCGUUUGGUCGGAAAGAAGGUGGAAACACCAGAAAUGGAACAUUUUCUCAGUAAUAUGGAAGAAUUGAAUCGGUUACAAGCAGAGCUUUUCGAAAUUGAACCUGAGAGUGGUUUGAGUGAGCUGGCUGCCGAUGAUACUACAGAGUACCGUCCAGAGAAACUACCCUUUCUAUUCGAAGGAGAUAUUUUUUUGACGGACGAACAGUUCCGAGUAGUUCUGAGUGAUACUGCUGAUUUACUGCGUGUGAAAAAAGGACAGACCCUCCGACGUCCUAGAUCAAUGACGUCUUCGUUGGCUGUGAGAUGGAUCAGAAUGCCCAUUCCCUAUUUUAUCAAUAGAAACACAGGAGUUAGCGAAGCUGCAGUCUUAGCUGGAAUCAACAAAUGGCAACAAGAGACUUGUCUGACGUUCCAACGUUUGGAUAAUUACCCUACUGUUGAUGCUUUAGUAUUUAUUGGUGGAACAGCAUGCUGGUCUUAUAUAGGACGAAUAGGUGUUGGCGCACAAGAGAUCAUGAUUGGAACAGGAUGCACAAGUUUAGGAACUGUGACUCAUGAAAUAGGUCAUGCUCUAGGACUGUACCAUGAACAAGCCCGUUACGAUAGAGAUGACUAUAUAACACUGUUUACUAGAAACAUCCAACCUAGUCAAUUGAGUCAAUUUUCUAAGCAGAGCCAGCAAUCUUUAGUAACCUACGGAGUACCAUAUGAUUAUGGAUCAGUUAUGCACUACGAUCAAACGAGUUUCACAGCAAAUGGAGGUUUAACUAUCGAAACGAAGGAUGACAACUAUCAGAGUACCAUCGGUCAGCGGUUAGGACCCUCUUUCGACGAUAUCAAGAAAGUUAACUUCGCCUAUUGCAACUCAACUUGUACAACAGUUUUACCUUGUUUAAACGGUGGUUAUACAGAUCCUAAGGAUUGCACUGUAUGUCGUUGUCCGGAUGGAUUAUCAGGUCGUCUCUGCAAUGAGGCUCCAGCCAAUCCUUCGGCUUGUGGUCCAGCCAACAUCCAAGCAGACAAUACAUUGAGGAACUUAACGAUGGUCGGAUCAGGAAAUUGUGCUUAUCUCAUAACUGCACCUGCUGGAACAUUUGUUUUCUUCCAAAUCACUCAGUUCAGCUUCACUAGGACCAAUCCAUGCUCUAGUAACUAUCUAGAAAUAAAAUACAGAAGCGACUUGACCGUCGUUGGAGCUAGAUUCUGUAUAAACUAUCCAACCAUUUCGAGAUCGGAAUCGAAUCAACUCAUUGUCCUGUAUAAGGGUAGUGCUAACACGCGAUUCACUUUACAAUACAGAAAUGAUCCUCUUGUGCAAACUACAACUACAACCACAACAACCACAACCACAACAACGACCAGAACAACGCCGUCAACCACGACGACUACCACUACUGAGAUUCCUUCAACAACGACCACCACUACUGAAACUCCUUCAACGACUACCACCACUACUCAAAUCCCUACAACUACAACUACAACGCCUGAGAAUGUGAUUUCAACUUUCUUCCCAACAACUGUGAAAACAACUGCGUCACCGUGCACUGACUGGACGCAGUGUUCAGCCUUAUGUGGUGGUUGCGGAACGAAAAGCCGAAGAUGUGGAGUAGAGAUUCAAACUGUCUAUUGUAACACCCAGCCUUGCGCAACAACCCGACCCUGCUGUCUCCCGUUCUUUUUUGGAGAAGGAUUCUGCUUCCGUCCAUACCGCUCAGCUCCAGAGUUCGCCUAUCAGGAAGAAGAGGGGGUUGACACAGUAACCAAAGACGAUUCGGUAGAGGGGAGUGGAGAAAUGAAAUAUUAA